CACGGCAUUGUAUGAGGAUGUCAUAGAAUAUGAGGUCCAUACAGCGGGAUGAACUGUGUCCCAUUGAAAUCAAUUGUUAGCCCAUUAUUGAGCCACCCUGUGAAUGUGGGCGAAGAGGCAGCAGGUAGAGAAUUCAGCUGCUAGCUUACCGGGGAGGGCUGGACCACCCCAGCAACCGGCUUCCGGGGAUUCAGGAGCCGCAUCGGUUGACGGCAGACGUCGGUCGGUAACGGGGGGGGGAAGGGGCGAACCACAUCAUCGCCUUCAUUCACCUCCAGAUUUCAGCGACUUUCGAGAUGUCGAGAAAGCUACAAAGGACAGAGGUCUGCGCAGACUGCAGUGCGCCAGACCCUGGCUGGACCAGUAUCAACCGAGGGGUCCUGAUCUGUGAUGAAUGCUGUUCCGUCCACCGCAGCUUGGGCCGGCACAUCUCCAUAGUCAAGCAUCUGAGGCACAGUGGAUGGCCUCCUGCACUACUGCAGAUGGUUCAGACUUUGGCAAGUAACGGGGCCAACUCCAUAUGGGAACACAGUCUCCUGGACCCUGCUCAGGUGCAAAGUGGGCGUCGGAAACCCAACCCCCAGGACAAAGUUCAUCCCACAAAGUCAGAGUUCAUCAGAGCCAAAUACCAGAUGCUGGCGUUCGUGCACAAGCUGCCCUGCCGUGAAGAUGAUGGCGUAACCACUAAAGACCUCAGUAAGCAACUCCACUCCAGUGUCCGAACAGGGAGUUUAGAGACGUGCCUUCGACUCCUGUCCCUUGGCGCUCAAGCCAACUUCUUCCACCCGGAGAAGGGCACUACACCACUCCAUGUGGCUGCCAAGGCAGGCCAGAUCCUGCAGGCUGAACUGCUAGUUGUAUACGGUGCAGAUCCUGGAGCACCUGACAUUAAUGGACGCACACCUAUGGACUAUGCAAGGCAGGCGGGCCAUAUAGAGCUAGCAGAAAGGCUUGUAGAAUGCCAGUAUGAACUAACGGACAGACUAGCUUUCUAUCUUUGUGGACGCAGACCAGAUCACAAAAAUGGCCAUUAUAUCAUUCCCCAAAUGGCAGACAGUCUUGAUCUCUCAGAGUUGGCCAAGGCUGCUAAAAAGAAACUCCAAGCGCUCAACAAUCGGCUGUUUGAGGAGCUUGCAAUGGAUGUCUACGACGAGGUAGAUCGCAGAGAAAACGAUGCAGUGUGGCUUACAACCCAAAACCACAGCACUCUGGUAACAGAACGCAGCGCAGUUCCCUUCCUACCAGUCAAUCCUGAAUACUCGGCCACACGCAACCAGGGCCGCCAGAAGCUGGCACGUUUCAAUGCUAGGGAGUUUGCCACACUCAUCAUCGACAUCCUGAGUGAUGCCAAAAGAAGACAACAGGGGAAAGGUCUCAGCAGCCCCACAGACCCAAUGGACCUGGGAAUUGACGAUGAUCAGCAUGACUACGACAGCGUAGCCUCCGAUGAAGAUACAGACAGCGAGCUGUCCACCCAGAACAACAACAACACACAACGCAGCAAUCGUGCAAAGAGUAUGGACUCUUCAGACUUUUCAGAUGGUCCCAUAACUCUGCAGGAGUACCUAGAGGUGAAGAGGGCUCUGGCCUCCUCAGAAGCCAAGGUACAGCAGCUGAUGAAGGUCAACAACAACCUGAGCGAGGAGUUACGGCGGCUUCAGAAGGAGAUCACGCGGAUGCAGACAGAGAACAGUGUGCUGCGGGGGUGCCAGCAGGCUGGGGGGGCCGCUGGCUAUGGGGUAGGGGGGCCUGGUGGAGGAGGAGGAGGGGUAGGAGGAAACAGGCAAGGGGUUGGGGUGAGAGGGAGUAUAGAUGGCGGGAGUCUGGGUGUGUUUGGGACUGGAGUGGAGUCCCCGGUGCUCUCUGUGCCCUCCUCGGCUGUCCCCCACUCAUAUCACCACCGGAGGGACCGCCAGGCCUUCUCAAUGUACGAGCCAGGGGCGGCCCCCAACCCCACGGCCCAAGGUCCCCCAGCCCUGGACUCUCUGGCAGCCCGCCUGCAGCCCCUCAACACACCCAGUAUGAGAAAGGUUGGUUCUGGGGGUCCAACACCAUAUGGAGGCCAUCAUCUAUCUGGAUCCACAGAGAUUGGGAGAUACAUGGUCCCUAAACAUGAGAGGCAUUGCAGUGGCACUGACAGCGACUACGACAACACACAAAUGUAUGAACUGUCGCUAAGUAUGCGCCGCAGCAGUGAGGAGGAAGGUCGUGGAGAAUCUGAGGAGGGGAGUGGAGAUGCAGGGGAGCCAGAUCCCACUCUGCCAUGCACAGAGGAUGUCAUACUAAAGACUGAACAAGUGACAAAGAAUAUCCAGGAGCUGCUAAGGGCUGCUCAAGAGUUUCAUCAUGACAGCUUUGUCCCAUGUUCUGAGAAGAUCCACUCUGCUGUCACUGAGAUGGCCUCACUCUUUCCCAAACGCCCAGCAUUGGAUGCUGUCUACUCCUCCCUCCGCCUGUUGGCCUCCAGCGCCUCGCGGCUGCAGUUGGAAUGUCGAAAGGCAGCUCCUUCAGAUCCCGGGGCCCCUGCUGUGGACUACCAACUCCUCACUCAGCAAGUCAUCCAGUGCGCCUACGACAUCGCCAAGGCGGCUAAGCAACUGGUCACCAUCACCACUCGUGAGAAAAAACAGUGAUGCAUGGACGGAUGGAGAAGAAAGAUAGACGGGGGAUCAAUACAUAGGUGUGCAAAGUGAGAUGGGAUGGUUAGGGGUGGGAAGGAAUAUACAUGGGAGGGGGGAGGCGACGUAAAUGAUGGGGGGCCAUGAUGUAAUGAAAGUUCAUAAUACGCAUGACAAAGGAAAUAGAUGGAAUGCAAGAGUUUAUUUUUUUAGAAGUAACACCAGAAGACGAAGAAAGGGAAAAUCCAGAAGUGUGGGAGUGAACGUAGGGAAGAACGAGUGGGAAGAUCCAACAUGAAAUCCGAGCUUGCUGCAACCGAAACACACUGUUGGGAUCAGAUGUGUAUAAUAAUCAGCUCAAACUGUGUUAAGCAUCCUUGAAAUACAAGUACAAACCGAUACAAGUGAACUGGAUCCUAAGAUGUUACUGCUUUAUUUAUUCUCACCUGUCACUCAUCAGCCCUCCCCCUCCUAGUUUACCUGAAGAGAGGAAGGAAGAGUGUGCCAUGACAUGAGAGAGGUAAGGACAGAGGAAAGUAGAUGGACCAACCGUGACAAUACUCCACAUCAUCUCCGUCCCUUCAUCCAGUGAGCAAUCAGGACACUUUCACACUCCUUCCCUCACUAGGUCUCAGACAUGAUGAGCUGCCCAACUCAAAACCCCCAGACAUAUAACCUGAGCUUUACUCUGACUUGACAUGCAACAUCUCAAGGCCGAUGACUCAUCGUUGGUACACAGCAUGAUCCGGUAUGUUUAUUUUGUUCCUCUUUGUUUCCUUAUGUUUUUAUUUUUGAAUACGCAGAUUGGUUUGGUCUGCGACUCUGAGGAGAAAAUCAAUGACUUACACAAACAAAAUACUUACACUGGAGUUAUUGUGAUUUAUUGUUGUUUAUCAUGCCUGUUGUUUUUUUGUAUUGAUAUUUUUGCUGACUGUCAUUUUGAUAUAUCUGUUUGUGUAUGUUUAUUUUAUUGUCUCAAAUAGGAAUCUCAUUUAUGGAAAUAAGGAGAGAAGUGGUGAUUAUGUGCACAACCUCUUACUGGAAUUCUUGUAGUCAUGGGUUAUAUCGAUACGUAUAACUCAUGCAUUGACUUCAAACAUUCUCAAGCACUACAUUUCUUGAUAACACUUCAUAUUUUCUUUUAACAUGUUAUGAUAUCCUACUACAAAGGGGUUGAACAAGCUUUUAAAAGAGAAAGGGUGGACGAGGAGAUUGUUUUUUGUUUGCUUUGUCCUUCAUGCUGAAACCUUUGACAUUUUCACAGGGCCUUGAUCAACACCCUUUUUUCAUGUCUUCUUGGAAUCAUGUUAUAAAUUGCCUCAUAUAACGCAACCAGUGGUAUCAUCUCAGGAUCGAUCUGUUGACUUUUUUUUUAUCAGCUGUGCCAAGCAUAAAAACAAUUUGUCCAGUUUGUUUUUAAAAGUUUAACCUCCCAAAGUUAAGUGAAAAAGCCGGCUUUUUUUCUUACAUGUUGGAUCUGCUUAUGUGUGCUUGUUUGACACAGCAGCCAUCACUUACACGCAUGAAAACACAGCAUAGAGUUGAUGCAUCUGUUCAGAAAAUACUCUCAACUGAAAUGGAUUUAGCCUGCUUGAUAUGAAUUUGGACUGGCAAGCACAAUCAACAUUAUUGUCUGUCAUGGCCUGCUGAUGUAGGCCUCAGAGAUUCAGAAGUUACUAAGCUAAUUCUACUAAUGGGGAGAUAUGUUUUGUUUUCUUUUUCAUAUAACGCCCACUUAGGCGCCUUCUAAAAAUGUUUGCGCUGUGCUGAACACAUAUUGUCAGACCUGUAACAAAGGACGCUUGUAGUAUCCUUCUUAGAUUCCAGUAGGAAUGUCUUCUUAGUUCAGAUUUGACCUCUGACCCUUCUCCAGUGAUUGUGAUGCUGGUUUCUCAAAGUGUUUGUGGCCUAUCUAGUAAGCUGUUGUAGGAACUCUUGUGAAUCAUCAGACGUUCUCUGUAGAUGAGAUUUAUUUGCAUGAGCUGUCCUUAACAGCAUCUCUAUUAUUUAUUUUUAUUACUGCUUUUUAGACGCAUCGCCCAGAACACUUUGAGAGACUGAUGCUACACCGCUUUUAGCACUUUUCCGUGCACUUAACUCAUGUUUGGUGUUUCAUUUUACACUUUUCAUUACUUUGAGUCAAUGACUGCCAGUGUUCCUCAAUGCUGCACUCAUGUCUCUUAAGGGAUUUUUCUAAUGUCCUCUUUCAAGGCUACAUGUCCAGAUCAUAGACUGUUAAAAAAAAACAAAAGGACAGCGUUGCUCCGCCUUUUCCCGUUGUACGGUUUUGAAGCCAAAAAACCCAGUUCAAAUGCGCAGCCAUUUUGCAGCCAGAGUCUGCACAGUAGAGAAUUUCUGUGUUGCCACGGUAACAAGCUUCGCCCUAAAGUGUACCGUCCUGAUGUACUACAGAGUUUCUCUCUACGGCAGCUGUCAAUCAAAGUGAAUCCGGAAGUAAAACCCAGUUUUUUGACCUCUAAUAACUAACAAAAAAUAAACUUUUCAGAAAAAAAGAGGCCUUGAACAUAAAACAGUCAAAUAAUAACUACAUAUCACCACAGCAUACGGAUGUGAGAAACAUUCGUACGACGUGUAUUUAUUUUUUAAAGUUCAACUGCAGCCCCAUUCAAAUGAAUGGGGGAGACAGAGUUUUUGACCUAUACUGCAGCCAGCCACCAGGGGGAGCAGUUUUUGUGGAAGCCUCACUUCCAGCCGAGCGAUCGGACGUCCAUUUUAUUUACAGUCUAUGAUCCAGAUCAACAUGGAGAUGUGUCCUUGUUUGAUACCAUAUGCGUCAUACUCUCCUGAUAAGUUGUCUGAGCUACAGCGGUGUCCUGACUGCUGAAACAACGACAUUUCUCCCAUUACUCAUGCACUAAGGAGGGGCAGAAGAAAAGCUUGUCCCUUUAAUUAAAUCAUGAUUGCCCAACUUUAUAGAAUAGAGUAAUUUAUAUCAACAUGUAUUUUCAUGUUAAUAUUUUUAUAGAUAUAUAUGUCAUGGUUGUCUCUUUGUUUGCCAGAAUAGGCUUCAGACUCUCAGAUCUAUUGACCAAACCUUGGAUUGGCACUCAACACUAAUGUACUUUUAUAUAUUUUUAACCUUUUUAGUAUGCUGUGGUAUUACCUCCUUACAAAGUGGUAUUGUGCAUACUAUGAUCCUACUAGAAUACGCAGGGAGUGUAGAGUGAGAACAACGGUUUGAUUUAAGUGAGCACUCAGCAGUGUGGUUGCACUACUUCAAAAACCAGAUGGGUGACAUAGGAUCUACAUUAUGUUCUGCACUCUCCGUGAGGUCCUAGUUCUAGUAUAAUCUGUGCAGAAUGCAACAGUUGAUUUAGAAUCAGUAAGAAAGGUCUAUCUAAACUGUCUUAGUAGUUUCCACUUUUCCUACACUUCGGCACUACACACAGAAAUCUCAGAAUGGUAGGACUAAGUAGUGGGUCUAAAUUGCAAAUGGCCUUGACCUUGCUGUAGUAAGUACAUUAUAGGGGCUGCUUCCAGACUGAAUGUUAAAGCAUCCAUGGGAUCAUGUCUGACGCACUUUCUUCACCUUCAUCAUGUUGCAACUUCAGCACAUACUUUUCCCACAUUAAAACAUACACCCUCUAUCAGUUGGAGCAAGCCAUGCACAAAAACAAACUACAUUUCCAGACAGUGAAUUAUACAUAUGUACACACACACACACACACACACACACACACACACACACACACACACACACACACACACACACACACACCUGACACAGCUGGGGCAUGUAAUGUUACUGUACCUGUUUCUUUUUACAGUUCUAGAUUUUGGGAGAUGAGUAACAGGAGAGUUUUAUUUUAACAGAAUACUUUAAAAAGUGUAUAUAAGUAACGAAAACAAUGACUUAAAUGUCAAACGUGAUGGAAACUAAUAAGCUGUACAUUUGUAAUAAAAUUGUUAAACAAGU